GCAACUUGAGGCGGUGGAGCAGGAGGAGGUGGAGCGGUUCCGAUCGCGGGAAUCAGUCGCAAUUUGGCAGCUGAGUUGGAAACAUGAAACGUCGCUUCGCUCAGAAGAUCCUAUUGAUGAGGCUACUCUCGAUGCUUUGCUUUACACUAGACUGCCAAGCAAAGCUUUUUCUAACUUCUAAGGCAGAAUGUAAAUCCUUGGACCCGGCAUUUUCUUACUUCAAGAGCUGCGAAAUGUGGAGCAAAAAUGGCCGCACCAAAAUCAAUUUUUUUGUGGCCAUGCGUUACAAAGAGCCCAUCGAUGACGUCACCAUAAACCUGGCUCUCUAUAGGAUUACAAAGACCUACCGCAUGCCCAUCAUCAAUGAGACGAUCGAUUACUGUGGCUUUAGUCGUCAGCCCUUCGCAUCGAGACUUUUCAAUUAUGCCGUUUUGCCCGUAUUUAAAUUUUCGAAUGUGAAUUACUCGUGUCCUUUUCAGCAAGAUAUUAUCAUUAACGGAUCUGUCUGUGAUAAUCGUUUAGUUACCGAAAUACCUGCGCCUCAGGGAAAUUACAUAUUCAACUUUCGGGUGGCCGCAUUCAAAAAAUGGAAAUCGGAUGUAAAAAUUUAUGCAAAGGUGGUGAAUAAUGCUUGAUUUAAAUCAAAGCGAAUAAAAGUUCAUCCCAUCUUAAAUGAAUAAGG